UAGCUUGUAGACAGUGCGCGCGCGAACGCGAAGUGAGCUUACACAAUUUACAAUUCGGUUGCCAUAGCAAUCGAAUUCACAAUAUUCGCAUCAAUCGCAUCGAAACGGUUCAUUGCAAUUCAUAGGGCAGUGGGCAGCAGUGGGCAGUGGGCACGGGGGUCGGGGCACGGGACAAGACAGGUUGGAGAAAAAAAAAAACGAAAACUAGAAAAGCCGAAAAAUCGUUAUUGUUUUGCGAUCGCCGAUCGUUGGUCAAGUGUCAAGUUCCGCAACGAUAAAAUGGCAAAUGACAUUGUCAGCAACGGCCGUUUGCAGGAAAAUACGGUUGUACAACGAACGAGAAACGACAGAAGCAAACGAGCACCAGAUAUACCAGCUAUAGAGAGUCGCACGUGGUUGUUGCAUCGACAUUACACGAGACACGAGUACAGUGCUUGCAAGCUACUCAUUGAGCAGGAAUUGACGAAAUCGAACGGUCACGAAUACGCCAAUUAUUUGAAGGGCUUGAUUCUCAGAAAGGAGGGCAAGAUUCAAGAUUCCCUCGAUUGCUUUCAGACCGCGUACAAUGUGAAUUCGACAAACGUUGAUAAUGUUAAACAGAUAGCGAAAUCGCUAUUAAUAAUGGGAAGUCACAAACGUGCGAUAGACGCAUUUACGGAAGCUGAGAAGAUAUCCUCUUUGCCAGACUGGGAAAUAUAUCAUGGCCUUGGCGAGGCUUACGUGAACGUGAAUCAAUUACAAGAGGGCAAGAAACAUUUCAAAAGAUCAACGGAAUUAACCAAAAGUGACGUGCCCAAUAUUGAUCUCGCGAGACUCUAUCUCUUAGACGAUAUGAUUCCAGAGGCUAGAAACGCUUACACGGCAGCUUUGAACGGGAAUCCUCAGAGCAUCGAUGCAGCGACAGAACUGGGUCUUUUGUAUCUUAGAAUCGGAGAUAUGCAACGGGCAUUUCAGCAAUUUGGAGCGGCUUUAGCUCAUUCGCCUACGUGCGUCAAGGCAAUUUUACCUAUGGCUUACGUAAUGCAAAAUCAUCGAGAGUACGAUGUGGCCUUAUCGAAAUAUAAAGUUGCGGCACAAGCUAUUCCAGAGUCUUCGAUCCUUUGGAAUAACAUCGGAAUGUGUCUUUAUGCAAAACAAAAAUAUGUUGCGGCUAUUAGUUCGUUGAAGCGAGCACAUUAUUUGAGUCCCAUGUCUUGCGUCCCGUCGUGCAACCUAGGAAUCGUUUUUCUCACCACUGGGCAGCCUGCAUCGGCCGCGAUUUACCUAUGCGCUGCAGUCAGCGCUGAGCCAAAGAAUCCUAUGCCGUAUAUGUUAUUAGGCUUGGCUUUAAAACGUUUGGAUGAUCUGGAAGGUGCCGAAAGAUCAUUGACGAAAGCACACGCAUUAGCUCCUCAGGAUCCAUUAAUAUUAAUUAAUUAUGCUGUGAUACUCGAUGCUCGCGGCAAACAAGCUAAUGCCACUGAAAUUUUAACAGCACUCAACGAUAUUAUGGCUGUCGUUGAGGUUGAUGCGCAGAUAUCGCAAAUGGCAAAGAAGCUAUCGAAGAGAUUACAACGUGAGAAAACAGAAUCGAACACCGGUCAGGAAAUGCUAACGGAGGAAUAUGAAAAACGGCAAUUGAGCGCUGACGAAGUUUAAAAGUUUCAAAGUCAUUCGUCAUGCGAGAGUGCCGAUUGGUCUUACCCGCAGAGAUUUUAGGAAAAAGAACCAAAAAGAAAUAAUCUGUGAAAGUAUUGUACAUUUCUAUUAGAGAGUGCAUUUUACACAUAUUUGAUAAAUUAAUAACACAUACUGCAUUUAUUCAUCUUAAAAAAAAAAAAGAUAUAUAUUAUAUAAAUACAUAUAUCUAUAUAUAGAAUCUAACAGGAUAAAGUUACAAAAUUCGAUAUGAAGAGGUUGACUGUGUGCGCGGGCGAAGGGAGACACGUGUAUUGAGAUUAUUUACGAAGUUUAUUGAAAUAAAAGAAUUUGCAUACUAUGUAAUACGUGCAUGUACGUGAUAUACGUAUAUAUUUAAUUCCAUUAACAACGUUAUUAGCAAUAAUAGCCAAGAAUAUCCAUAAUAUUAAAAAGUAAACGGCAUAUCUUGACUUUUGUUUACAGUCUUGUUUAAAUCCAAAUAGGCAAAUAGGACAGGUACAAGGUGAUUUUAACAUCUUUUACGAGCCAUUUUCAAUACCAUUUUGUUUAUAAUGUGUAAUAUAUACUUGUGAAUAUCUUACGUUUUAAACAACAUUUUAGAACAAUUUCGAGAAUAUUUCAUAA